AUGCGAUCUGCUCUUAUUUCAUUCUUUUGCGUUGUCACAGGUGCGUCGUGUGUAGUAAGUGCCGCCUAUUACGACAACCUCAAUAGCAGAACAAUUCAUGUACUUCGUCUCCGACCCACUAUUCCGAGCAACACCAAUCAACCUUUUAUAAUAGUCCGACCCGAUCUCCAGGACAUUCCAGGUUAUUACGACUCUUCACGGACUGAUAAGAAUGGAGUGGAUAAUUCGGAUUCUUACGGAUCUUCCGUCAUAGAUCAAUCGAUAAGGUGCACCCUUCCACUAGAACAAGGAAGGUGCCGUGGAUAUUUCAUUCGAUAUGGAUUUGACGGAUACACUGGACGAUGUGUUUCGUUCACCUAUGGAGGAUGUGGCGGGAAUUCGAACAACUUCGAGAGUUUGAAGGAGUGCCAGCAAGCGUGCCUUGCCUACACACCUAUGCCUCUGCUUCCUUAA